UGAACCCCAAGAGGAAGCCCAACGUGAACCCCAAUGUGAACCUCAACGCCAACGUGAACCCCAAAAUGAAGCCCAACAUGAACCCCAACAAUGCCAAUGUGAACCUCAAAAUGAAGCCCAACAUGAGCCCCAACAACACCAACGUGAGCCCCAAAGUGAAGCCCAACGUGAGCCCCAACAACACCCAUGUGAACCCCAAUGUGAACCUCAACGCCAACGUGAACCCCAAAAUGAAGCCCAACGUGAACCCCAACAACACCCAUGUGAACCCCAAAAUGAAGCCCAACGUGAGCCCCAACAACGCCAAUGUGAACCCCAAAGUGAACCCCAAGAGGAAGCACAAGGUGAACCCCAAUGUGAACCUCAACGCCAACGUGAACCCCAAGGUGAACCCCAACAACGCCAAUGUGAACCCCAAAAUGAAGCCCAACGUGAGCCCCAACAACGCCAAUGUGAACCCCAAAGUGAACCCCAAGAGGAAGCCCAACGUGAACCCCAAUGUGAACCUCAACGCCAACGUGAACCCCAACAACACCCAUGUGAACCCCAAAAUGAAGCCCAACAUGAACCCCAACAACACCCAUGUGAACCCCAAAAUGAAGCCCAACGUGAGCCCCAACAACACCCAUGUGAGCCCCAAAGUGAACCCCAAGAGGAAGCCCAACGUGAACCCCAAUGUGAACCUCAACGCCAACGUGAACCCCAACGUGAACCCCAACAACACCCAUGUGAACCCCAAUGUGAACCUCGCCAACGUGAACCCCAACGUGAGCCCCAACAACGCCAAUGUGAACCCCAAAGUGAACCCCAACGUGAGCCCCAACAACGCCCAUGUGAACCCCAAAAUGAAGCCCAAUUUGAGCCCCAACAACGCCAAUGUGAACGCCAAUGUGAGCCCCAACGUGAACUCCAACAACACCCAUGUGAACCCCAAAGUGAACCCCAACGUGAGCCCCAACAACGCCAAUGUGAACCCCAAAGUGAACCCCAACAUGAGCCCCAACAACACCAACGUGAGCCCCAAAGUGAACCCCAAUGUGAGCCCCAACAACGCCAAUGUGAACCCCAAA